AUGUCUAAGAAAGAGGCUAAGAAGCAAGCAAAACAGCAGGAAGAAUCCAAAUCCAAAAUCAAUUUUGAAGAAAUCAUUAUGAAUAAUCUAUCAGGAUUUAAGAUGGUUUAGGAUAAUAGUGGUUUUCAUUUCACAAUCCUGAAUUUAAAUCAGAAGAAUGUAGAUGUUUUGACUCAAACCUUUGGAAAUUACAAAUAUAUUGAAUCCAUAGAUUUAAGUGGGAAUAACAUUACUGAAAUUGUGCAACUUUCAUAACUGCCGUACUUGAUCAGAUUGAAUGUCGAAGGCAAUAAUAUUAAGGAUUUGAAAUCCCUUGCUAACGAGGAGGCUUUCAAAUCUCUUAAGUAUCUCAAUGCUGCAUCCAACAAAUUGGUUGAAUUAGGUCCUAUCAAAGUUCCCUUAAUAUAACUUAAUCUGAAUGAUAAUAAAAUAGAAAAAAUGGAUACUUUUGACGGUAAUCCAAAAUUGAGGUAAUUAUACUUGAAGAGAAAUAAAAUUGCUGCUUUAACUUAGUUUUAAAAUCUACCUGAGUUGAAAGAACUUAAAUUAAGCGAAAAUAAAAUCAAGGCGAUUUAGGGAAUAGAAUUAUUAACCUCCAUUUAAAUAUUGCAAUUAAGAAAAAACUUAAUUGAAGGGUUCGAUGAAACAUUUCCAGUUUUGGAGAACAUUGUUCAUUUUGACAUCAGGGAAAACAAAAUCGAUAAAUUUGACGAAAUUACUAAGUUGCAAACCUUACCGAACUUAAAAAGAUUGCUAUACAAAGGAAAUCCUUUUGAGUCUAAAAGUCCAAAUUACUUAUUGGAUACAAUCAAUAUUAUGGUAAGAUUAGAAAAAAUCAAUAAUAUUUUUGUAACAAAGCAACUCAAGGAAAAAGCAUUUUCAUUUGCUAAAGAUAAAUACGAUAGAGAAGUCGAGUAAAAGAGAUUGCAAGAAGAAGAAGAAAGAGCUAAAGAAGCAGCAGCCCUUGCAGCAUAAUAAGAUCAAUGA